AUGCGAGAUUCCCCAUACUGGUCAGAACAGUCUACUUUGGCGCUGUCGGUGAACUUAGGUAAUGGCAGUUGCAGUUCUUUUUUUCCUUCGAAGUUCGAACUUUUUCCGUUCGUACACCAGAGAAUUAUCGAUUCACUAGAGGAACAGUCUGUAGUUUCCUUUGUACGAAAUAGUUUGUUUCGCAUAGAUGAGAUAAUUUUAUUGGACAUCUCUGGGAACGAUAACAGUUUUGACUCAAAGGAUUACCUCGAAUUCCUUAGAGUUACCUGGUUUUCUAAUAUAUUUUCCAUUCUUAUUGGUGGCGAGGUACCGUGCGGCUGCUGUAAUGGAUUACUGCGACCCGAGUUUCGAUCUUUGAAGGCUAGACUUGAUGCCAACCAGUCUUGUCUUGGACGGCAUCACCAUCCUGACUUGUGCAUCGUGGAAGCUGCAAGUACGGGUGCUGCUGGUGACAUGGAACCGGAACAGUUUCGCAAAAUGUUUAUUGGUGGUUUAACUAGUUCUACUACUGAGGAGAAUUUGAAAGAAUAUUAUUCACAAUAUGGUAAAAUCUUAGACUGUAUUGUGAUGCGAGAUCCAGGUACAAAACGAUCGCGUGGCUUUGGCUUCAUUACUUAUUCAAAACAGUCAGAGGUAGAUGAUGCUAUGUCUCACCGCCCUCACAUGAUUGAUGGUAAAGCUGUUGAUCCGAAACGAGCAGUUCCUCGUGACCAGUCACAAAGAAGUGAAGCAAUAAUGUCUUCUAAACGACUAUACGUUUCUGGCGUUCGGGAAGAACAUACGGAAGAAAUGUUCAAAAAUCAUUUCAACAAAUUCGGCAAUGUUCUCAAGGUCGAAAUAAUAGCGGAUAAAAAUACGGGCAAACCUAGGGGGUUUGCUUUCAUCUCUUUUGAUGAUUAUGAUGCAGUGGACAAAUGCGUCUUGAUUAAAAGUCAUGUCAUAAAUAAUUACCGGUGUGACCUACAACAACAGGAAAGAGAAAGGAUGGAUAGAGCUGCCAGGACGAGAGGACCUCCUAUUGGUGGGCCUGGUGGCUGGGGUCCUGGCGCGGAUCGAGGAGGAUAUGGAGGCGGAGGUUGGGGAACUAGUAGCCCUGCUGGUUAUGGAGGGGGACCUGCUGGAGGACAGUGGGGACCAGCUGGCGGUUCUCGUGGUCCUCAUUAUGGGGGUUAUGGCGGCAGCGGUCAAGGAGGUUGGGGACAAGGCGGCCAACCUUGGAAUGCGCCUAGUGGACAAGGUGGAUGGGGCGGCCGAGGCUAUUAA